UUAAAUAAAAAAAAGGUAAAUUGUAGAACUAGAAACCCUAACUCAUUUGUUUCAAAAAAUCUGAUUGAAAGCCAAAAAAAAUCCCCACAAGCUCUCUUGAAACCAAGCUCGGCAAUUCCCGCUUUCACUAGACGACGGUGAAGAAGAAGAAGGCAAGGAUGUGAAUUUUCUCUCUGCAAUCAAAUCGUUGCUUCUUCUUCUUUGAUCCUUCACCAUUUCUCUCUCUGUAGAAAUCUCUCUCACAUGUCUUGGUACCGAAGAACUAAGCACUUCCUCGUCAGCUCCAGGAGAAACAUUAUAAAUCCUCCGAGGAUUUCGCCGGAAUCUCCGUCUUCCAACGCUUUCUCGAGAAUUCAUCGGAAUAGGUCUUCGAACCCAUCAGCUAAGUUUUCUGGCUUCUCCAGAUCAGGUUUAAGCUUGCGUAACUCUCUCGGGAAUACGAACAUCAAUAUCUGUAAACGGUUUCUGAGCAUUCCCAAGAAGUUUGAUCGUCACCAGGUUCCUCGUUUCAAGCCACCGGACCUGAGACGGUGGUCCCAAAACCCUGCGGCCGUAUUGGCGGCGGUGCUUGUGGUUUCAGGAGUUUUGGUCACCCUGUAUUGCAAUCUUGAGACUGUUCCUUACACGAAACGAAGGCGUUUCGUUCUUUGGCCGAAAUUGAUCGAGAAAUGGGUUGCAGAAUAUGAGUUGAAGCUGAUGAAAUCCGUGUACGAGGGGAAAAAACUCCCUGCGGAUCACCCUGACAGCAUUAGGGUUAAAUCGAUCGUGAAGGAUAUCAUCGAAGGAAUGCAGAGAAGUUUGGGCCUGGAGAGUGUGCGGUAUGCGUCCACGGAGAAUGAUGGAUCAGUCAAGGAUACAACAAUGGCACUGAGUGGGAUGAAGUGGUCUGAACAAGAGGAGAUUGAGGAUGACAUAUGGAUUCAGCAAAGCAGGAAGAAUGGUAAAGACGAAGGAUCACAACCCACGAUUUCUCACCUCGAGGGGUUGAAUUGGGAAGUUCUGGUGAUUGAAGGAUCGUACGCUGGUGCAUUUUGCUUGUCUUCUGGGACGAUAGUGGUAGCCACUGGUUUGCUCGAACGUCUCAAGACAGAUGCAGAGAUUGUUACUGUGAUCGGAAAUAAGAUCGGUAGUGUCGUUGCCCGACACAAAGCAGAGGAAUAUUCCACUUUUUUUUGCCUUUUUCUCCCCCUGAUGGUUCCCUGUCAGUUCUUUCCUAAGCCCUUUCAGCUUGUGGCAGAAACAAUGAUGUUCCUUCUCCUCUUUUACGCGACGUUUCUCCGCGAAGGCAGAGAGAACGCCGCAGAAACAGACCGCAUUGGUUUGAUACUGCUGGCCGAAGCAGGGUACGAUCCACGGGUAGCUCCGGGUGUGUACGAGAAGCUCGGGAAGCUCAAGAGUGCUCGGAGAUUGGUUCAGUCAAAGGCCAUGGAAGAAGCACUCUCGAUUUACCGCAGGCAAGUUCGAUCUGGAUUUGGGCGGUAGGGAUGUAAAAGGAAAGAACAUGUUCAGACCCCAAACUGCUCACAAAAACUUCAUCUCUCGUAAUAAAGCAAACUUUUGUUUGCAUUUGAAGAUU